GUUUACCGGUCCGGCGCCAGGAUGGCCCCCAAACUUCCAGACUCUGUGGAGGAGCUCCGCGCCGCCGGCAACCUGAGCUUCCGCAAUGGCCAGUUCGCCGAGGCCGCCACACUCUACAGCCGCGCGCUACGGAUGCUGCAGGCGCAAGGUUCUUCAGACCCAGAAAAAGAAAGUGUUCUCUACUCCAACCGAGCAGCAUGCCACUUGAAGGACGGGAACUGCAUAGACUGCAUCAAGGACUGCACUUCAGCACUGGCCUUGGUUCCCUUUGGCAUGAAGCCCCUGCUGCGGCGAGCGUCAGCCUACGAGGCUCUGGAGCAGUACACCCUGGCCUACAUGGACUACCUGACGGUGCUGCAGAUUGAUGACAGCGUGACGUCAGCCUUGGAAGGCAGCAGCAGAAUGACCAGAGCUCUUAUGGACUCCUUUGGGCCCGAGUGGCGCCAGAAGCUGCCCUCUAUCCCCUUGGUGCCUGUUUCCGCUCAGAAGAGGUGGGAGUGUUUGCCUUCGGGAUACUGCAAAGAGACAGCUAAAAGCAAAUCCAAAGAAACCACAGCUACGAAGAGCAGAGUGCCUUCUGCUGGGGAUGUGGAGAGAGCCAGAGUUCUGAAGGAGGAAGGCAAUGAGCUUGUAAAGAAGGGGAACCAUAAGCAAGCGAUUGAGAAGUACAAUGAGAGCCUCUGGUUUAGUAACUUGGAGUCCGCCACGUACAGCAACAGGGCGCUCUGCCAUCUGGUGCUAAAGCAGUACAAGGAGGCCGUGAAGGACUGCACGGAAGCCCUCAGUCUGGACGGAAAGAACGUGAAGGCAUUUUACAGACGGGCUCAAGCCUACAAGGCACUCAAGGACUAUAAAUCCAGCUUUGCGGACAUCAACAGCCUCCUUCAGAUUGAGCCCAGGAACGGUCCCGCACAGAAGUUGCGGCAGGAGGUUAACCGGAGCUUAAACUAAAAACCCAGAGGGGCAGCAGGACACCUCUGCCUGACCACCUUCCUCCGUGCCUGCUCCCGGGACCCGGCAUGCCCCAGAGCAAGCUCCGAAGCACCCUCCUC